UUGAAAUUAAGAUCUUCAAUUACCAGUACCAUCUACUUAUCAAGUGACAAACAAUGAAAAGACAGGUGAAUAGCUCCAGAAGAACAAAUAAGCAUCUGUCUCUUGUCGUGAAGAUAAAAAGGCCAACAAGAUUAUACAGCCCAACUAAAAGGCCUUGGCCCACCUCACUAUUGAUCACGUGACAUGCCUUUUCCACGAUUGCAAUACAAGAGCCAUUUCUCACCGUCAGAUGUUAAAACCCAAACCGAUUUAAACCGUCCAUCAAAGUCUCUAUCUCCUUCUCCUUCCCGUCGUAGUCGCACUGUCGCAGGCGAGUAAAAGGCUGUAUACAAAAAUAAUAAAGCGCAUGAAUGAUUUUUUUUUCUCAGACUUUUUUUUAUUGCCUUCUCUCUCUAAUAACCAGUGAUUCGUGAUUUUUGUUUGGGGGUUUGUUAGGUGCGGUGACCUUAGAAAUGGGACAUGGGGCUGAGACUGUGGACAUGUUAGAUGGGGAAGAGAAGAAGCUUGUAGAUGAUAGAACUAGUGAUGGGGAAGUAGAGAAAAAUGAGUUGGUGGGAUCUGAUGAAGAAGAGGUCUUUGAGGAAGCCAUUGGUUCGCAGGAGGGUGCAAAACCUGAAUCUUUUGAAGCCGAUGGGUUGCGCGAGGAUAAAAUCUUAGAGGAAACUGCUGAGAAUUCCAGGGAUGAGGAUGAUGAAGUGGGUGAUUUGGAAGAAACAAGUAGCAACGAGAGGGGAGUAGAAACUUUCAAAGUUAAUUAUUCGGUGGUGGGAGAGAGCCAUGGUGAGGUUAACUUGCAACAUACAACUACUAAGGAGGCUGAAUCUGAUUUGGUGACUCCCAAUAUGAAUGAUGAUCAGGGGGAAGUAGCAGAUGCUGUAAUUUCUGAAUCAAGCUUGGAUGUGGUUGAGAACAGUGAGAAAGCUACAUCCAAUUUUGCGGCUGAGGAUGUGAAUUUGGAAAACGGAAUUACACAUUCUUCUUCAGGAAAUGGGAUAGUCUCUCCUGAGAAUAAACAACUGGUGGCAGAAGUUGUCUCAGUAAGUGCCUGGUCUGAGGAAACAGGGAAUGAUGGUAUUGAAAACGAAAUUUUGGAGGAAAAAGUUGAUGUAUCAGCUGGCAUGGGAACAGAAAAAAAGGAGAUUGAAGGUCACAGCAGUGGUGGCUUCCCUGGGGUAACUUUUAGAGAACAGGAAACUGUUCAAAAUAGUAAUGGAGGACAUGAUAUUCAACAGAGUCCUCUAUCUAAUAAGGAAAUUGAAAAGCAGCAAGACAGCCGCGUAAAUAUAGGUCCAGAGAUUAAGGAAAGCCAACAUGUGGAAAGAGAAUCUGAGGUAUUAAGUUCUGUCUCACCAACAGAGUCUAGAAUUAAUACUGCAGCAUUACCACCUGCUCGCCCAGCAGGUCUUGGUCGUGCUGCUCCACUUUUGGAACCGGCACCACGCGUUCCACAACAGCCUCGUGUCAAUGGCAAUGUGUCUCACAAUCAGCCUCAGCAAGCUGAAGACUCUACCACUGGAGAGACUGAUGAGCAUGAUGAGACCCGUGAGAAGCUCCAGUUCAUAAGGGUCAAAUUUUUGAGGCUUUCACAUAGAUUAGGGCAAACUCCACAUAAUGUUGUUGUUGCUCAGGUUUUGUACAGGCUUGGAUUGGCUGAACAGUUGAGGGGCAGAAACGGAAGCCGUGUUGGUGCCUUUAGUUUUGAUCGUGCCAGUGCCAUGGCAGAACAGCUUGAGGCAGCUGGACAGGAUCCCCUUGAUUUUUCUUGUACGAUUAUGGUGCUUGGUAAAAGUGGGGUUGGUAAAAGUGCAACUAUCAAUUCUAUUUUCGAUGAACUGAAAAUUAGUACUGAUGCAUUCCAGAUGGGGACAAAGAGGGUUCAGGAUAUUGAGGGUUUUGUUCAAGGAAUUAAGGUACGGGUAAUUGACACUCCCGGUCUCUUACCAUCCUGGUCAGAUCAACACAAGAAUGAGAAGAUCCUGAAGUCUGUUAGGGCAUUCAUCAAGAAAAAUCCGCCUGACAUUGUAUUAUAUCUUGAUAGGUUAGAUAUGCAAAGCAGAGAUUCUGGUGACAUGCCUCUCUUGCGCACCAUUACUGAUGUUUUUGGACCAUCAAUUUGGUUUAAUGCCAUUGUGGGUUUGACUCAUGCCGCUUCGGCUCCACCAGAUGGCCCAAAUGGGACUGCUUCUAGCUAUGACAUGUUUGUAACACAACGUUCUCAUGUCAUCCAGCAAGCCAUUCGCCAAGCAGCGGGAGAUAUGAGGCUCAUGAACCCUGUUUCUUUAGUUGAGAACCACUCUGCUUGCAGGACAAAUCGGGCUGGCCAGAGAGUAUUACCUAAUGGCCAAGUGUGGAAGCCUCAUUUGCUAUUACUCUCAUUUGCAUCCAAGAUUCUAGCCGAAGCAAAUGCUCUUCUGAAAUUACAAGAUAAUAUUCCAGGGGAACAAUUUGCAGCUCGGUCCAAGGCUCCACCAUUACCAUUGCUCCUCUCAUCGCUUCUGCAAUCAAGACCACAAGCUAAGCUUCCUGAGCAGCAGUACGAUGAUGAAGAAGAUGAAGAUGAUUUGGACGAAUCAUCAGAUUCUGACGAAGAAUCAGAGUAUGAUGAGCUUCCUCCCUUUAAGCGGUUGACUAAAGCCGAGAUGGCUAAGCUUAGUAAAUCUCAGAAGAAGGAAUAUCUCGAUGAGAUGGAGUAUCGGGAGAAACUAUUUAUGAAGAGGCAGAUGAAAGAGGAAAGAAAGAGACGUAAGUUGUUGAAGAAAUUUGCUGCUGAGAUUAAAGAUAUGCCUAACGGGUAUAGUGAAAAUGUCGAAGAGGAGAGAAGUGAACCUGCAGCUGUUCCAGUUCCCAUGCCAGAUUUAUCUCUACCUGCAUCUUUCGACUCUGACAACCCUACUCACCGGUACCGGUACCUUGAUUCCUCCAAUCAAUGGCUUGUUAGGCCAGUGCUGGAAACUCAUGGGUGGGAUCAUGAUAUUGGUUACGAAGGUGUGAAUGCGGAACGACUAUUUGUUGUUAAAGACAAAAUACCGGUAUCUUUCUCUGGGCAAGUGACAAAAGACAAGAAGGAUGCAAAUGUGCAGCUGGAAUUGGCCAGCUCGGUUAAACAUGGAGAUGGUAGAUCAACAUCCCUAGGUUUUGACAUGCAAAAUGCUGGGAAGGAAUUGGCGUACACUGUUCGAAGUGAAACAAAAUUCAACAGUUUUAGGAAAAACAAAGCAGCAGCUGGUCUCUCUGUAACGCUCUUGGGUGAUUCAGUGUCUGCGGGACUGAAAGUGGAAGAUAAGUUGAUUGCUAAUAAACGGUUCAGAAUGGUUAUGUCAGGUGGAGCAAUGACUAGUCGGGGAGAUGUUGCUUAUGGUGGUACUCUAGAAGCUCAGUUUCGAGAUAAAGAUUAUCCGCUAGGUCGGUUUUUAUCAACUCUUGGACUUUCUGUGAUGGAUUGGCAUGGCGAUCUUGCUAUCGGAGGCAAUAUACAGUCUCAAGUACCUAUUGGACGUUCCUCUAAUCUAAUUGCUCGUGCUAAUCUGAAUAACAGAGGUGCAGGGCAAGUAACCAUCCGCGUAAACAGCUCUGAGCAGCUUCAACUUGCUGUUGUUGCUCUUGUUCCGCUGUUCAAGAAGCUUCUUAGUUAUUAUUAUUCCCCAGAGCAAAUGCAAUAUGGACACUGAUGAAUAAACAUUCAAUUAUUUUUAUUUUUUCUUGAAACAUGUUUUUUUUUUAUUAUUGUUGUUGUCGGAAUUCACUUUUGUUUUAAGAGUCAUCUAAGUUCUGAACUUACUUUUGAUAUUUGGUUGUAACAUAUGACUGAAACUUAAAAGUCCAUUAUCUCAAUGUUUCUGAGACUU